CUUGUCUUGUGCCAAAAAGAUGCUCACUGUCAACACAUGUCGCUAAUCAAGGCAACGGAGUCCUUGUCGGAGUGCCGGUUCCUUUAUUAGGUGUUAUUAGGAUUAUGCACAAUCAGAAUCGAGUAAUUGUAGCAAUAGAUUUGGGAAGCAGUAGUAUUCGAGCUUCCGCUUUUUCCCUGGUAGAGGCCGACAAUGAUUUAAACGUCGUGGAAGCUAUUUCGGGUACCUCGACGUCCAGCCCCCUCGCUCUAGUAGAACCUAACACGGGACGGAUCAAACUCUAUCUUGAGAGAGACAAGAAAGACGAAACUGUGUUCGAUGCAAUUGAUCAGUGUGUCGACGAAACUCUUGUCAAGCUACGCGCACGAUUGGGAAGAUUGGCUUUUGAAGUCGUUGGCGUUAGCUUCUCAAAUUUUGUCAUGAACUUGCUCGGUGUCGAUGAAGAAGGGACAGUGAUUGGUCCGGAAGCGUCAAUAUCAUACGCAUGUAACUCUCCUGACAUCGCCGAAGAAGUUGCUACUAUCAGAAAACAAAUCGGUGAAGAAAACGUAAGGAUUCAUUACCAAAAAUCUGGAUGCUUCUUGCACGAAGGCUAUGCGCUAGCCCAACUUCGCGUCUUCUACAAUCGCAGCGUCAAAAACGUGUGUCCUGAAGUUACAAAAUGGCAAACGUUGGCUAGCAUCUGCUUGUGUCGAUGGCUCGAUCAAAAGUCAUUUCCUAUCUCCUAUUCGGAAGCGUCUUGGACGGGUAUGCUCAACUAUCGAACUUGUGAAUACGAGCCAGAUAUUUUAAAUUUACUACCAAAUUGCUGUCGCAGAGCCUUGCCUGAACUGGCUGACUUUGAUGAACCUAUCACAUUACAAAAAGGAAUCCCCUCCUCAAGUACCUACGCCUGUCGAUGGCCAGAGCUACGACAUGCUCGGUUCUUUCUGGGAGUCGGGGACGGCGCGUGCGCCAAUAUUGGGAGCAAGUGUUCGACUAUGGAUCAAAUCGCUUGCACAGUGGGUACGUCCGCGGCGGCGCGAGUGUGCAUACCGAUGGAGAUUGGUGCUGCCGACUUCAAGAUUUUACCUGGCCUGUUCUGCUACCGAGUCGAUCGACACCGUGUACUAGUCGGAGGGGCAUUAACAGAUGGUGGUAGUGUUGUGGAAUGGGCGAGACAGAUGCUCAAUAUAAAGGAAUCAGGUGCAUUUGACGAGUGCAUGCACAAAGUUUCAAUGCUUCUAGACGCCAGAUACAUCCAAUCUGCAAGUGAAGAUGCUUCGUUCGCCCGGACUUUGACGGUGGUACCUUUCUUGAGCGGCGAGAGGAGUACAGGAUUUCGAGGCGGGGCGACAGGGGCAAUAUUGGGUAUGACUCGCGAUACAACACCCGCCCACGUCCUUCUCGGAUGUAUUGAGGGUGUGACUUUGAGAAUGAACGCAAUCAUCGCACUUAUUCGUCAAGCAACUGAAGGAGAUCGCAAGCAACGUCUAAUUGCCAGUGGAAAAGCUCUUGAAGUCAACGAGUUGUGGCGUCAAAUGAUUGCUGACUGCUCCGGUCUAGAUGUCGUUUUAGAUAUGGGAACAUCGGAGGGAACAAGUCGAGGAGCAGCGUGCUUGGCUGCGGAAUCAUUGGUAUCCUCAAAGGAAACAUCAACAGCGGCUUUGCCCGAGCAAUCCACAAUGUCGGUCGUGUCGACACCGGAUCAAAACGGAGCUGCAUACUGGAGGCGGGCGACUACAUCUCAGGAAGUUUUGAUUAAUGCACUAUCACCUAUUUUCACGUGA